UGGGACUGAUAAUCUAGAAAUUGGCGGGAAAUGACUUGCUAGGUGUUCCCUUGACUUCGGCAAUCCCUAGACCUCUCAUAGUGUACGGUUCAAAGUACUCCACUCAUAGUUUUCAGGGAUUGAUUGUGGUUCUGUAGGGAUUGUCGGUGUAAGGCAGGUAGUAGUAUGAAGAAGCGACUUCGGUUAUCAACAGCUGCUCAGCGGUUCAGUUGGUGGGAAAGUAGAGACUAAUAUCAAGCCGGCUAUCCCAAGAUCUUAUAUUUCUGGAUCCCUUCCGGGAUGCCUUUGCUGCCCAACCCCUAAUUAUAGUCACUGACGCAUUCCAGGCCUUAUCAGCUCCUCCCGUCCAUCCGUCGUUCAUCCUUAUCACCUCCUUCCAUGCAGCCGUUACCCUGCUUACAUUUCUGCUCUUGCAUGAUGUCCUGAUUGCGUCUCUGCUUUAUCGCUUCCGGGCACUGCGAUCAUCACUACGGCUUCGCGCUUUCCGAGUGAAGGGGUUUCGGCAACCAGGCAGCGCUGGGAACCAGGCACGACGACUGCCAGGGAAUUUCGCUCCUCACGCUAGCCAGCGCUGCUGCCAUGGAUGCCAAACCUAUGCUGACGAAAUGCCCGGGAAAGCGGUGGGAAAGCAUCGCUUCCGCGACAAAAACCUCUCAACCGCAACCAACCGCCUCUCACCCGCAACCAGCCACCUCCCACCCGCAACCAAUCACGUCGCACCCACACCCAUCCGACUCAGGCAUUUCCGACUCUGAAAGCGGCAAACCCAGCCGGCCACGCCUCUCCAUCUUCGGCUGGACUAAAGGUGCUGGUAGCAACAGCACCGGUGGCGGCAGUGGGGGUAGUCGUGGUGGUAGUCCUGUUCGCGCCUCUGCUGGAGCAUCGGGAGCUGGCGCAGGCAAGACGAAGGAGAGCAGAUCGCCGGAGAGCAGCAGGAGUCGUAUCCCCCGUUAUAAGCUCUCCUCAGUCCCAGAGUACAGAUGGUGGUGACUCUUCGCACGGUGCAAACGGAGCGAUUGAGGGUUCGCCGUCGCAGGCCGCUAGGUGGACAGGAGCAAACUCUGCCUCACCACCGGGAGAAGACCCAGCCAGCGGUUAUAAUCAUCAGGGUAUUGGUCCAGGCGCGAGCUCUCGUCCUUCCAGCUAUGGCAGCUCGAACAGCAACAGCAACAGCACCAGCAACAGCACCACCACCACCACCACCAGCGGCGGCGGCAGUAGCAACGGAUCCUCGCGGUUCUCCCUGUCUCCGCCACGGGAUCCGUACGGGGACCGCUCGGAAGAUCAGCAGCCGUUACUGCCUCUGGGACGACCGGCACAAGGUCUGGUUCCGCUUCGACGGCGCGAGCAGAGUCUUCUGGAAGGUCGCGGACGGCAGAUCGCCUCACGAGGGCGAAUGGGUCAGGCUGCCUUACGAAGGCGAACGGCCCAAGAUGGACUCUUCCAGUAGGAAAGGCUUCGACUCGCCUCAGAACGACUCCAAGCGCCUAGGCCGGACAGCAAGCGGAGACGUCGGCGCGGGGAAGAGCGGCGGGGCGAGGGAGGAGGGGAGAGGCGGAGGCGGCCGGGCGUCUAUGACGGGGGGAGUUGGCGGGGGGGGAGAGUCUACCCCGUGGGGGUUCGCGGGGGAUCUGAAGACGGACACGGAGGAGGAGUUAAAGGCGUUGCACGCGGGGCCGGACCCCAACGCGCCGUCGCUCCAGGUGUCGAAAUCCUUCCCCCGGAUGUGGGGGAAAGCAGCGGCGAACGCGACAGGUGCUGCAGGGAGGCACAUUCUGCCGCCGCUGCCAGUCGCGCCCCCUAUAGGUCCAUCCGGCUCUUCCUCUCCUCCCUCUCCUCCCUCUCCCUCCAGCAGGGGCGGGAGGAGCGGCAAGGGGAGGGCAGCAGCAGGAAGAGGAGGAGCAGGGGGUAUGGGUAUGGCAUCAGCGGCAGCAGGAGGGCCGUUUAGUGCGCAUUCGUCUCCUGCGAAACAGCCGUUGCUUCCGCUGGAGCAAGGGCCUUCGUCCACCAUGUCUCCAGACAGACGGGCUCAAUCCUCCAGCCCCCUUCCCCUCCCUCCGGCAAGACAGGUAGCGGCUCUCGGCUCUGGGUCCAUGGGUGGGAGAGCAGACGCAUCGGCGGCAGGUUUCGGGCCAGGAUUAGUAGCAGGAGCAGCAGCAGCAGCAGCAGCAGCAGCAGCAGUGCCAGCUCCAGGGCCGCAUGCCAACGAGCCCAGUACGUCCAAUUCACCUGUCCGUGCGCUCUUCCCUGUGCACUCCUCCCCUUCCCGCGACCUCGAAGCCGUUUCUGUGAAGCGCCCUUUGCCCCAGGAGGCUCCGCCGUUGAUCCAUGUAGGUCUAGGCGCAGGCGGAAUGGGCGGCGCUGCUGCUGGUGUGGGUGUGGGUGCUGCUGCUGGUGUUGGUGGGGGCGGUGUGGGGGUGGUGGGGUUGUCAGUCCCCUCAUGGCUGGGAGAUCCGUAUCUACUUCUGGAGCGGCCGUUGCUCUAUUCGGUGGCGGAUCCCAGGAGCACAGCCCCCGAUGACUCCCCUCCUGCCAGUUUCCUCUCCCAUGCCUGCUGUAGCAUCUGUAGCAGCUCCUAAUUCGGCUGUAGCAGCCACGUCAGCCUCGUCAACCGGCACCUCCCCUUCUGGCCGCUACGGAUCGUCCUCGCCACCAGUGCGCCGUUUCCUGCUGCUGGCGUUGCUGGGAGCUCUGUGCUGAAUCGGCAAGGGAGU